AACACGGCGACGCUUUUGGCUAAUCAAAUUCGUUUUUCGUUUACCUCCAUCAUGUUGUUGUUGUUGUUAUUGUGCGGUUGUCUUUCGGCCGCACUAGCCGGCCAACAGUCAAAACGCAGCGAACAAUCCGAUUUCGGGUACGGCGACAGCGGCGAGUUCAGCCAUUUCCAAGACGAACAACCGUUCCAUUCCGGAUAUGCCCAACAGCAACAGCACAACGACUGGCAGCCGUAUCACCACCACGAAGAGCCCAAAGUGUCAGUGAUAGAGAAAAAGGUGCCCGUACCGUAUCACGUCCAAGUCGAAAAACCCGUGCACUACAUCGUAAAAGUGCCGGUGGACAAACCGCGUGCAGUACACAUACCUAAACCGUAUCCGGUUAAAGUCGAAAAAGAGGUACCGUACCCGGUGAAAGUGUACGAGCCCCAGCCAUAUCCGGUGGAGAAAAAAGUUCCGGUGGCCGUUAAGGUACCGUACGACAGACCGGUACCCUACCACGUCGAAAAACCCUAUCCCGUUUACAAGGAAAAAAUCGUCAGGUACCCAGUUUAUAAGAACGUGCCGUACCCAGUCAAAGUUCCAUACGACAGACCUUACCCGGUUCACGUGCCCGUAGAGAAAAAGGUUCCGUUCCCGGUAGAAAAACCCGUGCCGGUACCAGUUAAAGUGCCGUACGACAGGCCUGUACCGUAUAACGUUUACAAGAACGUGCCAGUGCCUUACGAAAAACCAGUGCCGUAUCCAGUAGAAAAAGAAGUGCCCUAUCCCGUCAAAGUUCCGGUUCAUGUUCCAGUCCAUGUACCAGUCAAGAUCGAGCACAAACCACAUUACGAACACGAACACAGUUACGGUCAUCAUUCCGAAAACUUCGACCAAGAGUCCUACAGCCACGGACAUGAUUUUUAAACGUGUUCGCCAUCAGCGUACUCAAUAAUUCUGAUUGAAUAUUAUCUUUUGUAUACUUUUGUAUUUGUACUACCCCAAUUACUUAUUAAUAAACUAUUUGUUUUUUGUA